AUGUUGUUCAAGACUGCACUUCUUGCCUUCGCCGCACAAGGUGCUUUCGCUGAGAUCGUUGCAUACUGGGGCAACGGAGGCUACACCGAAGCAGACGGCAACCUAGCAGACUGGUGCAAAGACAAAGAGCACAUCGACAUCCUCGUCCUAGCCUUCCUCACCAACUUCGGCCAUGGUCAAUACCCCAACGGCAACUUGGGCUACUGCCAAAUCAACCCCGACGGCACAAGCAGCGGCUGCGAACAACUCGAACAAGACAUCGGAACCUGUCAACAACUAGGCAAGAAAGUCUUCAUCAGUAUGCCAGGCUCAGAAGGAGAUUUUGGUCUGAACAGCAAAGGAGACGCAGAAGGAGUCGCAUAUUCUCUCUGGAACUCCUACGGAGCUCCAAACGCUGUUCAAGACAAGAGUAAAAGACCUCUCGGCAACGUGAGAAUCGAUGGCUGGGACAUCGAUAUCGAAUCCAAUCCCUACGAUGAGGACGGGAAAGGAUACCUUGGCGCAAUGCUCAACAAGCUCCGCAGCUACUUCGAAGCUGAUACUGCUCACAAGUAUUAUAUCGGUGGAGCACCUCAAUGCUACCUCAACCAUGAUCAAGGCAAGAAUAUGGACUUGAACAUGGGAAACUCAAUCAAUCAGGCCAAGUAUGAUUAUCUCUGGAUUCAAUUUUACAACAACGAAUGCGCCGCAACACAUGCAUAUGACGGCUCCAACCAAUUCAAUUUGAACGAAUGGCCAGGCGUCAUCUCAAAUGGUGCUUCCAAGAAUGCGAAGCUUUAUGUCGGCAUCCCAGGUAAUAAGGCUGAAGCUCCGGAGUACGUGCCUACUGCUCAUCUUGCAGAUGUCUACAAUGCUGCCAAGGGCGUCAAAGGAUUCGCUGGUUUCAUGGUAUACGAGGUGGGCGAUACCAAGUCUGUCGUCGUCAAGAAUGGCUGCGAUUACUUUGGUCAGAUCUAUUCCGUCCUCACGACUGGGCAUUUGUGCUAG